AAGCUUAGAAGAGUCAUGUUGUAGAGCCCAGCCCAUCUGCUUAUUGUCACAGUAUCAGAUCAUAAACAUUAGUCAAUCAUCUGCUUUUUUUGCCGGAGGGGCAAACGAAAUGGUGCUCACAAACUUCAGCGGAGCCGGAAUCGGAUUCGGCUUUGGUAUUGGCUGCGGCUUCGGCGUAGGGUGGGGUUUCGGUGGGAUGCCGAUGAAUUUCUUAGGUCUUGGUGCAGGUGGUGGGUGUGGCAUUGGAAUGGGGCUUGGAUGGGGCUUUGGCAGUGGCUUUGGCAGUCAGUAUAGGAAUUCCAGGGUUACAUUUGAUGGUAGCGAACCACUCCGUAGCAGCAAAGCUAGCGAAUCAAAAGAUCGAAAAAAAUAAAAACCCUCGACUAGCUGAUGAUUCUCAGAAAACAUUCCUAGAGCCACUUUUGAGUUUUUAUCAGUGCAAUCCAAAGCUAUGAUGUUGCAAACUUGCAAAAGCUUGUUUAAAUGUGCCUAUAAGUUGGUGUACCAUUAGUUAGAAAGCAUUGUGUUGUCAACAGUCAACACGCAUAAUCUAGCCUUUUUGUGAGUAAUUUUCCAUUUGAAUCGGCUAAACAACUUCCAAAUGUAAAUCUAUGGUUCAUGUGAUUCACUUACCCCUCUCUCAGUAGCGGAAAUUACCAAAUAUACAUCUAUGUUGAAAAGGUUUAAAUAUGCUUUUAGUCCC